ACGGCGCCCCAGCUUCUGCCUGCCUUCACACACCAACAUUCUCCCAUUGUAGACCAUAGCCAGCCGACAAGCUUACAAUCUCCUUUUUUCAUCAACCACACCUGAAAUUUCCCUCGGGCCAUUGCCCAGCUGUCAAGACGUUUUCCAAUCUCCUCAGCUCGAUCCACAACCCAUUCGCCGGCCGACGUACUUCUCCUUCUGGGGCAGCGUCGGAUCUAGACUUCCGCAACUAAGUUCACCAAAUCAACAAGAACUUGAAUUAAAAUCAUCAUGGCACCACACGCAGAAGAAAGCGUCGGCAACGCGAAUGGGUUGGAGGUGAAGGCGGCCCCCAAGGCUCCUUUCGUCGUCAACUCGCCCAAUGUCGAGUAUACCGAGGACACCAUCAAGACAAAGUACACUUACCGCACCACCGACGUCACCAAGAACGCCGACGGCCACUAUGUCGCUGUUCCCAAGGAGACCCUUUAUGACUUCAAGGUUGACCGCAAAGUCCCCAAGACCGGUGUCAUGCUGGUAGGCUGGGGCGGCAACAACGGUACCACAGUUACGGCCGGUAUCAUUGCUAACAAGCGUAACCUGGUCUGGGAAACCAAAGAGGGUAAGCGCGGUGCCAACUACUAUGGCUCCGUCAUCAUGGGUUCUACUACCAAGCUUGGUGUCGACAGCAAGACCGGCCAAGAGAUCCAUAUUCCGUUCCAUGAUCUUCUGCCUAUGGUUCAUCCAAACGACCUCGUGGUUGGCGGAUGGGAUAUCAGCGGCAUGAACCUGGCUGACGCCAUGGACCGCGCCAAAGUCCUGUCUCCGUCUCUGAAGUCUCUGGUUCGCAAGGAGAUGAGCGCCAUGAAGCCCCUUCCCAGCAUCUACUACCCGGACUUUAUCGCUGCCAACCAGGAAGAGCGUGCUGACAACGUCCUGGAGGGUACCAAGGCUUCCAUGGCCCAUGUUGAGCAGAUCCGCAAGGAUAUCCGUGAGUUCAAGGCUGCCAACGGGCUUGACAAGGUGAUUGUGCAGUGGACUGCAAACACUGAGCGCUAUGCCGACAUCCUGGAGGGCGUCAACGACACCGCGGACAACCUUCUCAAGGCCAUUGAAUCUGGCCACGAGGAAGUUGCUCCCUCGACUGUCUUCGCCGUCGCCUCGAUUCUCGAGGGUGUUCCCUUCAUCAACGGUUCUCCUCAAAACACCUUUGUCCCUGGUGCCAUUCAGCUCGCCGAGAAGCACAACGCCUUCAUCGGUGGUGAUGAUUUCAAGUCUGGCCAGACCAAGAUGAAGUCUGCCCUCGUUGACUUCAUGAUCAGCGCUGGUAUCAAGCUCACCUCGAUUGCCUCGUACAACCAUCUGGGCAACAAUGAUGGUAUGAACCUCAGCUCUCAGAAGCAGUUCCGUUCCAAGGAGAUCUCCAAGUCCAACGUUGUCGACGACAUGGUCGCCGCCAACAACGUUCUGUACAAAGAUGGCGAGCACCCUGACCACUGUGUCGUCAUUAAGUACAUGCCUGCUGUUGGAGACGACAAGCGUGCUCUGGACGAGUACUACGCUGAGAUCUUCCUUGAUGGCCACCAGACCAUCAGCUUGUUCAAUGUCUGCGAGGACUCCCUUCUGGCUUCGCCUCUGAUCAUCGAUCUCGUGCUCGUCGCCGAGAUGAUGACCCGUGUACAGUGGAGGGCUCAGGCUGGUGAAGGUAGCGACGCCAAGUUCAACAACUUCCAUAGCGUGCUUAGCGUCCUCAGCUACAUGCUCAAGGCUCCUCUCACCCCUCCUGGCACUCCAGUUGUCAACGCUCUUGCCAAGCAACGUGCAGCUCUCACCAACAUCUUCCGCGCCUGUGUCGGCCUUGAACCCGAGAACGACAUGACUCUCGAGCACAAGCUCUUCUAGGCGUCUAAUGACACGUGAUGGCUACUUGGUAUGCACCAGUUGCUUGACUAACCUGACGAUUUGCACGGCUAGCUGUGCUUGCGAUUAGUUUGACCAACUCCUUACUCUCGUUAAAGUAAUAUAAAAUGUCUUCUCAAAUUUGAUUUGUUUCUUUCAUGAUGUGUGCUUGUCGCUAGAAAUAUGCAAUAGAAUCUAGUCCAAAGUUUUCUUU